AUGCCCGCCACUCCCGCCACGCCCGCCAUUCCCGCCACUCCCAACGCCCCCGCCACUUCCGCCACUCCCUUCACAGCAGUUGCGAAGUCGACGGGAGGGCGGGCGGGGAAGUGGUGUGACUGGCGGAUGCUGGCGCUGGCGGCCGCCACUCCCUUCCCCCUUUCCUCUUCGCCCCCACUGCGCCCGUCGCUGUUUCUGCGCCACGGAGCCGCGACGAGGCAGCGUGACGGCGGCGGGUCCAUUGGCGGGCUCGCUCGCGGGCCCGCUGGCGGGUUCGUCGGCGGGCGUGCUCACACCGCGCUGGCGGGUCCGUCGGUGGGCUUGCUGGCGCUCUCGUUGGCGGGUCCGUCGGCGGGUUUGCUGGCGGGUCCGUCGGCGGGCUUGCUGGCGCUCUCGUUGGCGGAACUGACGGCGGGUCCGUCGGCGGGUUUGCUGGUGGGUCCGUCGGCGUGCUUGCUGGUGGGUCCGAUCCUGGCGUUCCUGUUCACCAUUUCGGCUGCUGACUCGUCUACCGAGAUCUGA